AUGCUUCUCAAAGAUUUUUAUAUUCGUGUUGCAAGUUCAGAGCAAGAAUGCACUACAUUCUUACGAGAACACCAACUUUUAAAAGAUGUGAAUAAUAUUGACCCUUGCCAUAAGUGUGGCACAGAAAUGUGUGAAAAACGACGGAAGAACCGUAAUGGUGAAUUUGUGCCUAUAUUCAGGUGCCCAAAAAAAGGUUGCCAAACUUCUCAUUUAGUUCGCCAAGGAAAUGCCUUUUUUUACUUUACGGACCUCAAUAGCAGAGUUACAUGUAAGCUAACACUUAGCGAGAUUAUGGAAAUAGUGUUUAUGUUUGUCAUCGAAAUACCUCUCAUUCAGGCGGCUGAACUUACUGGAAGAUCCAACAAAACGAUCAUGUUAGGUGGAGAUAAGCCACCAGCAAAUACGGAUGAGGGGGCACAGGUCCAAAACAACCGCAACCAUGGUGCCAGGAUUGAUGGACCGUGGGUUUUCGGUCUCAAGCAUGGAAAUUACAGUAGGUAUUUUUACGUAGAACGCCGUGACAAGGAUACUCUUUUACCUAUUAUUAAAAGGGAAUGUGAAGGUGGUUCCGUCAUUCACUCAGAUGAGUAG